GUUGAGAGAAAGGUUUAGUUGAAAAUAUUUAUUUUUCUUUUUUCGAAACAAAAGCGACACAAUUUAGUGCAAAGGGUGCGUGUCACUGUUCACGAGACAAAGUUUGACAGGGAGUAGUUCGGAAAAGGGUUGGCUAAUUAUAAUACGGAACUGAACCGCCCCCAUAUCGCUCGGCUUUUACUUGGUGAACAACAUUCAGUUCACAGGAAGAGAUAGGAAGCACGUUGCUAGUUGGAUUGAAAUAAAUCCUGAUAUUACCCCCUAAAGUGUAUUUGUUUGGGCCAGAAAAUAGCCAGGAGAUGAUUUUGAAGCCGAUGUAUCUGAUUGGGCUGUCAGAUUUCUUGAUUUAAGUUGAAAAGCACAGCUAUAUUGUUAUGCUAGCGCUCUGAGUUGGACUGAAAUGGCCUCGGUGCCGAAUCCUGCAGUUUUUCUCACUUCUGUUAUGGAGGAAUUAAGCGGCCUGUCGCUCUGAGGUGAGAGUCUCUACGUACGGAGCUCGUGAUGAAAGCUCUCGGCGCGCGCUCCGCGUUCUACGUGGGCUUUGUGGUGGGCACGUGCACCCUGUACGUGCUCCUGCGUCAGGUUGGGUUCACGCGGAAUGUGGGGUCUGUUGAGUCCGAAGCCCAAGAGAAAAGCCUACUGGAGAUGAUUGAAGAGGAAAACAAGAACUGGAAGAAGGAGAGGUCGGCUCUCUUCAACCUCAAUCAUCCUCACCAUACAGGUGAGGAUGGCACUCUCGCUGACGCUCUCUAUAAGCGCGUACGCAUUCUGUGUUGGGUCAUGACCGGCCCCAAUAACCUCGAAAAGAAAGCUCGGCACGUGAAAGCUACAUGGAGUCGUCACUGCAACAUUGUGGUCUUCAUAAGCUCUGUGGACGACCCUGAUUUUCCUACGGUUGGCCUAAACACCAAGGAAGGUCGAGAUCAGCUGUACUGGAAAACCAUUCGUGCUUUUCACUACGUCAUGGAAAAGCACGGCGAUGAGGCAGACUGGUUCCUCAAAGCGGAUGACGACACUUACGUGGUCGUUGACAACCUGCGCUGGAUUCUUGCCAGCCACUCUCCAGAGGACCCGUUGUAUUUUGGCCGGAGGUUUAAGCCGUAUGUAAAACAGGGUUACAUGAGUGGCGGCGCUGGUUACGUGCUUAGCAAAGAGGCUCUGAGGAGGUUUGUGGAGGGCUUUCGCACCAAAGUGUGCACUCACACUAGCUCCGUGGAGGACCUAGCUCUGGGUCAGUGUAUGGAAAAGAUAGGCGUCGUGGCAGGAGACUCCAGAGACACUUUAGAAAGAGAGACAUUCCAUCCUUUUGUACCAGAGUCCCAUCUCACUGGCACAUUUCCUAAGACCUUCUGGUAUUGGAACUACUGUUAUUACCCCAUUGUGCAGGGCCCACAGUGUUGCUCAGACCUGGCUGUUUCUUUCCACUAUGUGGAUGCUUCACACAUGUACCUGCUGGAAUACUACACUUACCACUUGCGUGCCUUUGGCUACAAAUACCGCUAUCAGGCCCCUGAGCCCAGUGUCAUACAAGACUUAAAUGCUCCAGCCCCCAAAGUGGAAAUCGGAGACAUAGAGGAAAAUCUGGGGGCAAAAGUACAGGAAGCAGAAAAGAAUUCCCACAAACAUAAUGAAAAGUUAUAGCAGAUAUUUGCGUAGGAAUUUUUACAAGUAACGUUUAAAAUCUUCUUCCAAGUUUUUGGGAUGGCUUUGUUUUUUGGAUAAUGUCUUAAAAUAUCUGUCUGUAUUGUGCCACAGAAAUGUGUGCAUAACAUGUUUGCGUGAUUUAAUGAACUGGUACAUUUGGGCGUGUUCCUCAUAACAAUGCAAUUGUAUGUGAAUGUUUUAAUUGGACAGUGCAGAAUUGUAUGAAAUGAAGGUUUGGACUUGUAGAGCGAGUAUGUGGUUCUUCGGGGGUUGAGUGUGAGGAGCCUGCCUUAAUAGUAUAAUAAUAACAUUGGGUAAUAUUUUGGGGUGGGAAGCAAGGAUGCCUCUGCAUUCGUUAUACUUUGUGUUAAUUUAAAAAAAAAAAAAAGUUCUUUAUGUAAAAAUGGGUUUGCUCUGCAUUGUCGUGAUAAACACACCACCAUUUAUGAUUUAACGGCAAUGCCAUAAAAAAGGGGCCCUGUUUUUCCUCUUAUAUUCUCAUUCCUUUGAAUUAGUGCCUCUUCCCUGAUCCAGAAAAAUCAUGCAUUUCCAGCAAACUUUAAAGUGUUUUCUCUACACAGUGUACAAAAUCUUUGCCAAAGUUGAACAUGCACAAUUUACUUUGACUAAGAUUACUUCGAAAUAAAUAUUAACCAGGGCGUAGUCCUUUAGCUGACACCAAAACAGCAUAUUACGCUUCUCCGAAAGGGGUUAGUUCACCCAAAAAUAAAAGUUGUCAUCGUUUACUCUUCCCAAAGUUGCUUCAUAUAUAUUUUAUUAGAAGAUAUUACGCAGAAUGUUCAUUCUGGUAGCCAUUUACUUGUAUAGAAAAAGAAAAUGGAAAACAAAAUGGAGGUCAAUGAAUGACUACCAGCAAUUGUUUUGUUCUUCAAAAUAUCUUCCUUUGCGUUCAUUGAAACAGUUUUUGGGUGAACCACCUCAUUCGCAAGAAUACGGAUUAGUUCGAUCCUGUUGGCUGGCCCAAUAGUUCAUGAGUGCCUGGGAAAGAAGUAAAGGUAGCAAGGUAGAUAAGACGGUGUAAGUACACUGUUUUUUUUUUUCUCCAUGCUAAUGGGAAUUGAGGUCUUGUAGACGACUGGUGUAGUGUAACACGCUGUGAAGCAAUGCAGCUUGUGAGUUACUGAAACUGACCGCAUAAUGCUUUAUUUAAUUGUUUGUAGAGUGAAGGUUUUUGUUUAUCUGGGAUUGAAUGUCUAGGUUUUGCUUCAGUUCACAAUGCAACUCCUAUUGCGCGUGAGAUUAGGCAUGUUGAUUUUGAAGUUGAUAUAGCUGCUUGUCCAGGGUGGUGAAAUUGAUUCCGUUUCUCGUGGUGUGUGCUUUAUGUCUGAAUUACUCAAUUAUUUGUUUGUAUUUGCUGUAUUUAAAGGGAUAGUACGAUCAAAAAUGAAAGCUCUAUCAAUUACUCACCCUCAUGUCGUUCCAAACCUGACUAUAUUUUCAAGACAAAUAAAGAUAUGUAUUCUUUUUUGAUGA